UGUGUGUGUGUGUGUGUGUGUGUGUGUGUGUGUGAGGACAAGAGACGGACAUACAGCCAUGUCGUUGUCAGGAGACGUGUGUGUGGUGACGGGAGCUUGUGGGUUCCUGGGGCAGCACCUGGUGAAGCUACUCCUGGAGGAGGAGAAGCUGGCUGAGAUCCGACUGCUGGACAAGAGCGUCCAACCAGAACUCAUACAGGACCUGGAAGGUAAAAGGGGUGAAACGACAGUGAGCGUGUUUGAAGGAGACAUCAGGGACACUGAUCUCCUGAGGAGAGCCUGUCGGGGCGCAUCCAUCGUUUUCCACACGGUCUCCCUCAUCGACGUCGUAGGAGCACUGAAGUACAGUGAACUCCACGGGGUCAAUGUCAAAGGGACCCAGAUGCUUCUGGAAGCGUGCGUCCAGGAGAACGUCCGCUCGCUCGUCUACACGAGCAGCAUCGGGGUGGCCGGCCCCAACCCCCGCGGUGACCCCGUCGUCAACGGCGACGAGGACACGCCGUACACCGCCUGCCCGAGGUUCCCCUACGGCCGCACCAAGCAGGAGGCCGAGGACCUGUGCCUCCGCGCCCAGGGAGAGCUGCUCCGCGACGGGCGCCGCCUGGCCACCUGCGCCCUGCGGCCCACGUGCAUCUUCGGCGCCGGCUGCCGCUUCACGCUGGGCCACAUGCGCGCCGGCGUCCGCAACGGCCACGUGCUCCCGCGGGCGUCUCCGCGCCGGGCGCUCGUCAACCCCGUCUACGUGGGCAACGUGGCCGCCGCGCACCUCCAGGCCGCCCGGGCGCUCCGCGACCCGCGCACGAGGGCGGCGGUGGGCGGGAACGCGUACUACGUGGCGGACGACACGCCGCCGGUCAGCUACUCGGACCUCCACCACGCCGUGCUGGCGCCGCUGGGAUUCGGGAUCCAGGAGAGGCCGGCGCUCCCGUUCCCGGUGCUCUACGUCGUCUGCUUCCUGAUGGAGAUGCUGCAGACGCUCCUCCGCCCCUUCGUGCGGUUCGCUCCGCCCCUGAACAGGCAGCUGCUGACCAUGCUGUACACGCCCUUCUCCUUCUCCUACCAGAAGGCCCAAAGGGAUUUGGGGUACACACCCCGAUAUAUCUGGGAGGAAGCACGCAAGACCACCACUGAUUGGCUGGCCUUAAUGCUGGCCAAGGAGAGAGCCAAAUGAUUUCUAGAUGGCAGAAAGGAAAUGGGAGAGUCUGAGUGCAUACAUUUUUUGAUGGAUUUCACUGAAAGGAGUUACCCCUUGACUUUGUGAAGAGAGUCUGACCUUUCAUGAUUGGGAAACAAUUCCGACUCUAGCAUCAGGCGUAAUAGGCGUAGACAUUGUGUUAACUUUGAAAUCGUUGGUCCAGCCUAACCAAUCACGUUGAUCAACCUAUCACAUUCCUAACAUUACUUCCUACUUUGCCUGAACUUAACAAAUCGACAAUCAGCAGUCCUCGGCAGUCAGUCUAUAGGCCUACAUAUACAGUAUUUACACAUUCUUCUGACUGAAAUGUUUUAUGUGUUGUUACUACCAUUCAGCACAGCCAUUUUCAUUUUUUAUUUAUUUAUUUUUUUUUUUAAACACCGUCGCAGUGGUUCCCCUACAGCCAGUAGUGGUAUAAA